CAGUGUGAGUGUGAUUUCUGCACAUUCUCGUCUUCUAAUUAUUUUUCAAUCAUGGCCUCGUUGAGGGAGCAAGUGCACCCUGGCGACGUGAUUGCAGCCAUAAAAACGAUUCACGGCUCUGACGCUCAUUUAACCGACUAUGAAGUGCUCAAAGGUACGGCGUCGGUGCAGGGCUUCAUGUCCUGCAUCCUCAGGGUGCGUGCGACUUGCAUAGUUGGAAACGAUCCAGAGACCAAGACCGUUCAAUUUAUUGUGAAGAGGACACCAGUUUUGGAAGCACAGAGGAACUCCGCAGCGCGAGUCUUUGAACAAGAGGUCACUUUUUUCACAAAGUGUCUUCCAGUUUUGAAGAAAAGGUGUCCCGAUUUAAAAGUGGUCAACUGUCUGUUCGCUCACUCGGCGAGCACAAUCGUGAUGGAGGACCUCAGCCAGCAAGGAUACAGCACUAUGACCAAGAAUUUUGACGAUUUAAAGCAUCAGAUAUUGACUCUGCCCCAAACUCGAAUGGUUUUUCGCGAGCUCGCCAAGUUCCACGCUGCCUCGCAAGGUACGGACUGGCUGAAAAUUUUGCCUCAAUACUUUGAAGAAGAUAUUCUUUUCGAGGUCGAUGGCGGGAAACUGAUCAAACAAUUGGUCUCCAACAGCAUUUUGAAUUGUUUAUUGCCGAUCAUGAAACACAUCUACCGAGCUGACCCCAGCAAAAUCCAGAAGUACGUCGACUGGAUGAGCGACCUUGAGGGAAACGUUUUCCCAGUGCUCAUAAAAGCAAAUAAACCAAAUCUAAGGUACCUCAAUGCUUUGUGCCACGGUGACUGUUGGUUGAACAAUUUCAUGAUGAAGUCCCACCCUGACACGGGCGAGCCCCUUGAUUUGAGGUUUAUCGACAUGCAGAUCGUUCGUUACGCACCGGUCUACUCCGACCUGCUGUACGUGAUGUACCUGAGUUUAAAGAGCGAUUUCCGGGCCAUGCACGAAGCGACGCUGAUCAAGACCUACGUGGAGCAAUUCAACGCUUCGUGCAACGUUACCCCAGAUCCGAUAAAAUUUGACCAAUUCAUGAAGGGAUACAAUGAGAGCAGAUUUGCCGGGGUCCUGUUGGCCACUUCCAUGUACCCUUUGGUCUUCGUUGGAGACGUAGCUCCACCUGAGGGCGAGGACUUAACUGAAGAAAAUUUCAAUAAUCUUCUGGGGGAGGAGAAGAACGCAGAAGAGAAGAGGUUAAAAUCGUUACGUGUAUUUGAAGAGGAAAAAAGUUUCAGCAACGAUAUGAAAUGCGCUGUGGCAGAGCUGAUCAUCGAAAUGGAUAAGUGGAUUUUUCAUAAAUAAAUUAUUCAUGGUUCGGCAUCGCAAACUCAAUAAAAUUUAGACUGCAGAAGAAAUCUUAAACUGUUUUAUUUGAAAUUAUCACAUUCCAUGCUCAUAAUUUUCUGAUCAGCACGCAAGAAACUUAAACAAAAGUUGCGAUAGCAAACAUACCUUGUCUGCUUUGACAUAAAUUUAGAGCAUAUAAAUAGAAAAUAUAUUAAGCAAGACCUGUGUUCGUGUUCAUCGCAAGACCAAGUAUCCGCGAACGCAUAAAACGAGCACUGAUACGACUUUAGCGAUAAGAGUGUGUUGUUUUCGUUUCUCGAAUGUAUGAAUUAUGUGCUCUUUGUUUCUGCACGUCAUAAAAAUUUCUUCCGUCAAAUCAAGUCAUGGCCUCGUUGAGGGAGCACGUUCACCCCAGCGAUGUUGUUGCUGCCAUCAAAACGAUUUGCGGCCCUGAAGCCAAUUUAACCGACUAUGAAGUCCUCAAAGGUACGGAUUCGGUGCAAGGAUUCAUGUCCUGCAUCCUCAGGGUGCGUGCAACUUGCACAGUUGGAAACGAUCCAAAGAUCAAGACCGCUCAAUUUAUCGUGAAGAGGAUGCCAAUCCUGGAAGCACAGAGGACCGCUGCGAAGGACAUGCGGCUUUUUAAUCAAGAAAUCGCAUUUUACACAAAGUGCCUGCCCAUCAUGCAGAAAAGGUGUCUCGAUUUGAAGGUGGCCACAUUUUUCUUUGCUCACUCCGCAAACACGAUUGUUAUGGAGGACCUCAGUCUGAAUGGUUUCGCAGCAAUGGCUAAAAACAUUGAGGAGUUGAAGCAACAGAUACUAAAUUUAUCCCAAACGAGGAUGAUACUGCGUGAACUGGCGAAAUUCCACGCGUCUUCGGUAGGGACGGACUGGCUGAAGAUUGUGCCAGAGAUGUUUGAGCAAGACGUUGUUUACGAAGCCAACGGCGGACUGUGGUGGAAACAAAUGAUUAAAGUUAGCACGCUGAACAGCGUGAUACCGAUUUUGGAACACAUCUAUAGAAGUGACCUUCCCAAAAUCCAAAAGUAUAUAGACUGGAUCGGGGACUUUGAAGGAAAUGUCUAUCCGCUCCUCAUAGCAGCAAACAAAAAGAAUCCAAAAUAUCUCAAUGCUCUGUGCCACGGGGACUGUUGGGUGAACAAUCUCAUGAUGAAGUUCCAUCCAGUCACUGGAGAACCGCUGGAAUUGAGAUUUAUCGACCUGCAGAUCGUUCGAUACGCGCCAGUCUACUCGGACCUGCUGUACGUGAUGUACCUGAGUUUAAAAAGCGAGUUCCGGGCGAAACACGAAGAGGCUCUGAUUAGGACGUACGUGGAGCAGUUCAACGCUGCGUGCAACGUUACUCCGGAUCCGAUCGAAUUCGAUCACUUUAUGGAUGGUUAUAAUGAAAGCAGACUGCCGGCGAUUCUUCUGGCCGUUUCCAUGCAGCCAAUAGCCCAUGUUUCUUGUAUAGCUCCAGCGGAGGGUGGCGAACUGACUGAGGAAAAUAUAAAAAAUUUGCUUGGCUCUGAUGAGAGAAAUGCGCAAGAAAAAAAGGCAACCUCGGUACGCGUUUUUCAAAAGGUACAAAGUUUCAAUCAGGAAAUGAAACUCUUGUGUGAUCAAAUGAUAUUUGAAAUGGAUAAAUGGGUUUUCAACUAACUUUUUAAGUAGUUUGAUAGUUUAGUGACUCACAUUGACAAACAAGAUCCAUUAGAAAAUAAAUAUUGCUUCUUUAUCAAAUAAAUUCCAUUUAAAAGUGAUUAUGUAUGAAAAUAGUGAUUUAUUAUCAAAUUACGUGGUUAUCAUAAAAAUGUGGUAAUAAAGCUCAGUUAAAAUCUGCCUCAGCGUGGGUCUGUACGAUUUUUCCUUCUCUUUCUAGGAAGUUAAUAUUUAUUAAAAACAAGAUAUUAGG